AUGGCCGCCACGGACGCCGCCGGGGACGUCAACGCGCAAAUGCCGGUCGAGCCGCCGCCGGUUGUCGCGGACGCGGUCGACGAGCCGCAGCCGGUUCUCGCGGGCGUCGACGAGCCGCCGGCGAUUGUCGCGGAAGCCGUCGUCGCGCCGCCGGCGGUUGCCGCGGACGCCGUCGUCGCGCCGGCGCCGAUUGCGGCGGAUGCCUUGGAGACUGUCGGCACGCCGCCACCCGCGGCCGUGGACGACGCGGAGGCCGCCGCGCCGAUGCCGGUCGUCCCUCCUCCGCCGCCGCCGGCGGAGCAAAAGAUUCAAUAUGUGACGGGUGGUGUAGAAGAUGCUUUGCCAACUGAAAUCCUGAAGGUUAUUGAAAGUGUUGAGGUUCAGCUCCCUUCUCUUGCUGGUGACCAGAACCCCUGUGACAUGAAGCAGCUAGAGGAGACAGUUCAGCCUUUGGGGUAUUUACUGGUGGACGAGCAGCAAGCCAUGGUUGUUUCUGACAACAAUAGCAAGGAAAGUGAGAAACAAGUACCAACACAACCAUGCCCUUCAAGCCAACAGCAAAUACCUAUGUUGGGCUGUGCUGGAAAUGAAGAAAAUCAAGAUGUUUCUCCUAUGAGUUCCAGUAUGGUUUUAAUAGACAACCGCCCAACGUCAUAUACUGACUUUUCGGACAUUGAUGAUCUUUCUGAUGAUUUCCCUACAAGGAACUCUAAUGAUGAUAGUGAUCAAAGUGAUGGUUUUUACCAUCAUGCAAUAUGUCAUUACUGUUACCAUGACCCCUAUUGUCGACUCAUGCAUAGAAGACAGAGAAGAAACUUUGGAUAUUCGUGUAUGUGUAAUGCUAGAAGAAACCGUUGGCUUGGUGAUUAUCCAUAUAUCCCUGAUUUGAUAAAUCCAUGCAAUCCCAUGGCUUCUCGUGAUACUGAGCCUUGGAGUCGUUGGCCCCCUCCUGAACCAGACCAUGGAAAGAAAAGAUACAAUGUGGCUUCUGCUCAUACUGGACUUGUGAGUCGUUGGUCCUCUCCAGAACCAUAUUGUGGGAAGAAAAGAUACAGUGUGGGUGCUGGGCUAUCCAACCCUCAUUGGUGGACAUGUUUUCUUAAUUGCAUCCUCCAAUGUAUGGUUCAUACCGUUCCCCUUGUAUUGAAGCUCCGGAAAGCUGAUCACCCAGAUCCAUGUCCUCGUGCUUCUGUCGGAUUCUGCUGUUUCUGCUCCCUAAAACUGCAUGUUGAUGAAUCUAUCAGGCUUUCUGGAAGUGCAUUCUACCCUGAGAGUUUUGUAAAUCACUUGAAAUCAAUUUCGUCAGAUUUUGAGAGUGGAGUACAGCAAGAUGCGCAGGAGUUCUUCUGCGACUUGCUUGAAAAAUUGGAUAAGGCCUCCGUCGCUCCCAGGUCCUUGUUAGAGGGACCCUCUUCGACUGAAGAAGGGGGCAUUGCAAAAGAAAUAUUUGGAGGCCGCCUAAAAAGCCAGCUGCAUUGCCCAGUGUGCAACCGUUGCUCAGAUAAAUCCGAGCCUUUUCUUGAUCUUAGCUUGGAAGUUACUAUGGUAGAGAGUCUGAUGGAUGCAUUGCAAUCUUUUACAAAAGUUGAGUUGAUUGAAGACUUCAUGUGUGAUGGAUGCAAGUCUCGUGUGAACAUGGAAAAACACUUAAAGGUAGAGCAGGCGCCUGAAGUUCUUGUAAUCCAUCUAAAGAGGUUCACUAAUUCCGGUGGUAAGAUUUUGGACAAGGUCAAGUACCCGUUAGAGCUGGAUAUAAACUCCUUCAUGAGCUCCUCGGAUGAUAUACCACAAAAGUAUGAUCUAUAUGGAGUUGUAGUACACCAUGGUAUAUAUGGCAGGGGUCACUAUGUUUGUUAUAUCCGGUCAUCUGUAGAUGAUUGGUACGAAUUCAAUGAUGAUAAGAUAUGCAGAUAUUCUGAGGCUAGCGUUUUGGACAGUGCAGCAUAUCUUCUUUUCUAUGUGAAGCAGGGUUCAUCCCCUUGGUUCUCCACCUUGCUUGAGAAAGAAGACAAGUUUCCACAGGAUGGUUCAGUAAGCUUGGCAGAACAAGGUACCAGUGAAAUUGCUCCCGUCAACAACGAAGAUGAGGAGUCGACGUGUUCUCGUGGGCAAGAUAAUUCAGGUUACUGCUUGGUUGGACCAGCAGAGGAGAAUGGAAACGGGCCUGGUUUGCCGGACUUCUCCCAGGACAUGCAAUGGAAUGGAAAUGGCGAUACCUUGUCAGAUGCAUCAGAUAAGGUGGCAGAAGGUUGCUGCUUGGGUGGAAUGUCAGGAGGAACACAAGAACUGAGCUGCCUUACUGGGUCAGGCGAUAAGAAUGGCCAUGCUGGCGGGUUUGUGGAGCCAUGGGAGAAGGAAGAUGUCAGCCCAAUUGGAUCACUGGACACGAAUGAAAUGAACCCAAGCACACAUGGAUCUUCAGAAGUUGAUCCUGCAGUCACACAGGGAGGUUCAUCACCAAAGCGUGAGAACAUCUGCAGCUUACUCCAACUGUCACAUAAAUGUGACGACAACUGCCAUUGCAUGAAUUUCUCCUCGCAGGAAGAUGAAACCGGGGGUUGUUCUGGAGCACCAUCUAUGGGGAUGUGCACCUCAGAGAAUGAAACAGUAAAGUCCAAGUCCAACCAUGAAUUUGGGGACAGCAAGGUCGGCGCUGAUAAGGGCAAGUGCAUCCAGCCCUAGUGAGUUAGCUGAGUCCAUUCACAUGGAGUAGGGGCAUCGAAACAUCCCAGUGUUUUUUUUGUAAUCCAGGCACUCACCUCACCGCUACAUGUCGCCCUGGUUAUUUUUGUUUCCUUCUUAAAACAUCGGGCCGUGGAUAUUCUCAAGGGCACAAAAUAGAAAGCACCAUUUGUGAAACAGAAUUUGCUACUAUAAAGAACUUG